AUGUCGAGGCGCAAGCAGGCGAAACCCCAGCACAUCAACUCCGAGGAGGACCAGGGCGAGCAGCCGACCCCAGAGCUCGCAGACGCGGCUCCAGCGGCGGGGGAGCCGGGUCGAAGCAGCCUCCCAGCAGCGUUCAUCCGCACACAGCCGACCUACGUCAAGGUUGAAGUUCCCGGCAUGUUUGUGGGCCCCUCCGCCCUGUCCCCAGGUAUGACCCCUCUGAUGGCCACCCAGCCCCGCCGGCAAGCCAAGCAGCACGCCUGCACCCGGUGCGGGAAGAACUUCUCCUCGGCCAGCGCCCUGCAGAUCCACGAGCGGACGCACACUGGAGAGAAGCCUUUCGUGUGCAACGUGUGCGGGAGGGCGUUCACCACCAAAGGCAACCUCAAGGUCCACUACAUGACCCACGGGGCCAAUAAUAACUCAGCUCGCCGUGGGAGGAAGCUGGCCAUCGAGAACACCAUGGCUCUGCUGGGGACGGAUGGGAAGCGAGCACCAGAAAUGUUUCCCAAGGAGAUCCUGUCGCCCUCAGUGGGCGUGGACCCCAUGGUGUGGAACCAGUACACCAGCAUGCUCAAUGGCGGGCUGGCCAUGAAGACCAAUGAGAUCUCAGUGAUCCAGAGCGGCGGGAUCCCCACCCUGCCCGUGUCCCUGGGGGCCAGCUCCGUUGGGAGCAGUGCCACCGCUUCCAAAAUGGACAGCUCCCAGUCUGGGGCUGGUGCUGACGCAGAAAAACCAGGCAUUGUUACUGACAGCGUUGGCAAACACCAGUUCCCUCACUUUCUGGAAGAAAACAAGAUCGCAGUCAGCUGA